CUCCCAGAUGUUUUCCACCCGUCGAUCCGAAAGCAGUGCUGCGAUUCUUCUUCGUGCGUCGCGUCAAAUACGUCCUCUCUUCCACAUCGCCCAUGAGCGUCGCGACGGCAGUUAGUUAGACGACUCCUUCGCCCGUGAAAACAUCCCAGUAGGACGCGAUGUGAUGGAUCAGCGGUCAUCUGUUGCGUCUUUUUCUUUGCUGAUGUUGCACUCUUUGACGCUUCUCCGGAUGUGGACUUCUGUUUUCUCUUGAAGAUGGACCUGUUGUUCGGUUGUUGUGACUUCAAUGAAGUUCCCUAAAUUCGAUUGAUCUGUUCUCUUGUUCUUUCGUUGAGAGGAAUUAGGUUAGGGUGAAACUUUGGAAAGUUCUCCGUCGUGAUGGCUUUCGUGAGAUCCAAUGAGACCUUCGAAGGAAUAGAUUAUGGGCCCCUUCAGACGAUACUUCCACACACCAUGUCAACCGCAAUGCCAACUUUAGCUACAAUAAUCAACAGUAAAGACAAUAGCGGGAUGUCGUGGUGGAUCAAAAGUGCCUGGACUUCAGUGUUCGCUAUCAUGAUCAUAGUAGCAUGUGGUGGAAAUUGCAUAGUCAUCUGGAUAGUUAUAGCACAUCGCAGGAUGAGGACUGUUACAAACUACUUUCUUGUGAAUUUGAGCACCGCCGACCUUCUGCUUACCCUGUUGAACUGCAGUUUCAACUUCAGCUACAUGAUUCAAAGGCAUUGGCCCUUUGGAAGCUUGUACUGCUCCAUAAGUAAUUUCAUAGCGAAUGCCACAGUUGCCGCCAGUGUGUUCACCCUAACAGGAAUUUCCUGUGAUAGAUAUCUGGCGAUAGUUCAUCCUCUUCAACCAAGAAUGUCUGAAGUUUCAUCUAUUGUUGCCAUCGUUAUUUUCUGGACGGCAAGUUUCAUAUUUGCUCUUCCUUGUUUGAUAUAUUCUACAACCAUCACUCAUAGCUACAAAGGAAAGGAAACCAUAGGAUGCAUUCUUAUAUGGCCAGAUGGCAAGAAGGUCGGCUCUAAGUUCGAUUUCGCGUACCAAAUGUUGUUCCUGAUUCUAACAUAUGUAAUUCCUUUUAUCCUUAUGACAUAUUGUUACACCAUGAUGGGAAAGGUACUGUGGGGGUCAGCUUCAAUAGGAGAGAUGACGCAAAGACAUAAAGAUUCUAUCAGAUCUAAAAGAAAAGUUGUGAAAAUGUUCAUUCUUAUCGUCUCUAUCUUCGGAAUAUGUUGGCUACCUUACCAUAGCUAUUUCCUCUACGUCUACUACGAUACUAAUGUGAUCUUCAGCAAAUAUACACAACAUGUCUAUCUCGCAUUUUACUGGUUGGCUAUGUCGACUGCUAUGGUGAAUCCACUUAUCUAUUACUUCAUGAACGCUAGGUUUAGAAGAUAUUACAAGAUGGCUGUGUGUGGAUUUGGCUGUUAUGACAAAUCUGACGAUUUGAACGGAAAGUCAAUGAAUAUAUUGAGGAAAAACUCACAUUCCUAUCAAUCAGCUAUGGAUACCACAUUGAGAAGAAAGAAGACCAAUGAUGAUCCAAUCCAUCGAUGUGUCUCUAAUGGCGACAGCCUACUAUUGUGUCGACAAGGAACUGUGAUUUCUAAAGUGAGGGUGGAUUCAAGAAAAAAUUCGAAGUGCAAGAGAAAAGCAAAAUGGAUAGGGAACGAUGAUGAAGAGAACAAAAAUUGUGGACACAUGACAGCAGAAGUAUAGCAUAAGACAUUCAAUCAACAUAAUAAUUAUGUAUUUUUCGUUCGAAAGGACUUUUUCCAAUCUUUAUUUUCUUCAACCGAACUAGCAUUUGGAUUUCUCAUAAAUUUUCAAAAUUAAUACUUGUAUAGCGGUCAGAGCAUCAAGUGGUUCCAAAUUUUUUGAUAUUCUAUAAACAUGAUUCACCUCCAAAGCUAAGAAGGCCCAUUCAAUAACGUCAAAUAUAUUCAGAUUCGGAAAAAACUAAAUACAAAAAGAAACUCUCGUUCCCAAAAUCUUAAAUUCAUUCGCAUAUUGGAAAAUACCAUGCAGAACUAAAUUCAACUUCAACAAUUAAGGUUUUCAAGUUUUUGGAGAUGAAAUAUUCCAAAAAGAAAGAACUAGCAGAGCGAAAUAGUGACGAGGAUUCAGAAGUUCUUGCUUGUGAACAUAAAGAUUCUCUUCAAUUUAACAAUUAAUAUUUCAAAUAUAUUUAAUAAUUUUUUUUUUAAUAUACUCAAAAUUUCAAUAUUCACCAAGAUAAGAAAAGUUGUCAUAAGAAAAUAUAAUCCAAAAACUUUAUGAAAAUCUCUUUUCACUAAGAAUCUAGGAGAUUUAUUUAAUUUUCGUGAGAUAUCAUAUUUCCGAGAUUUCUUCAAUUAUGUUGAAGAUGCAAACGCUGUUUUGAAGAAGACACUAUAGAUACCCUAGAGAAUCCAUAUACGUAUGUUGACAUUUCAUCUAAUGAGACAAAUAAAAAUCAAAAUGUUAAAUCUCAGUAAGAAUUAUAAAAAUCGAAAAAUAUAUACAAAGCAUAAUUAGGAAAUGUAUGUUCAGGUAUUUUUAUAAUGAUAGUGGAAGAAUUGUUGUGGCUUGAAUAAAUACAUCGCAUAUUUUGUAUUAGUAAUAUAAAUACCCCAAAAAAUAUUUCAUGAAAUGAAGAUACCCAUUUAUAUGUACAAAUUGGUCAAUUCUCUGUGGGUUGAUUUUGACCUCCCCAUGAUGUUAUAUCUUCAUUAAUAUGUAAUUAUUGGAAUUCAUAUUGAGUCUAUAUCUAUUUUAGUUUAUGUUAUUCUGUAGGAAUUGAUUAGGUAACGAGUUAAGAAAUAAUUCAAUAUCUUGCAGUUGUGAAAUAUCAAAUACCAAAAAUCGAUUUUAAAAGAAAACCUAUUGUGAUAUUUUUAUAACAUAAUGUAAAAAGACUUGUGAAUUCUGUUGAACAUAUGUGAUUAUGAUUGUGACGAAGUUUUAAAAUAACCUAAUGAAUUACAGUUAUU